AAAGCGCUGCAGUCAGUUUGUACGGCAAAAGGAAGGUGGAAUCCGGCCUUGACUUUUGAUGAAAUCUUCCUUCACGGAUCUCGUCAUCACGCAGCCUCGCACGCACACACGCACACACUUUGGGUUGAAGUGAAACUGAGCCGAUACAGACUGGACAAGUCGCUCCUCCUCCUUUGGCGCCUCGGCCGCCCGCGCCUAGGCCCAACGAGUUCAAAUGGCCCACGAGGCCGUCGGCGGCCGAUCGAUACUAGCCUCGAGCGGGACUGCCCACCAAUCGGCGGCGUCCUCAGGCUGGACGGUCUGUCGACAGACCGACCGGCGGACCGAUGGACCGAUCGAUCCGUCCAGCACCCAAAGGUUCGACUGGCCCCAGUCGGUCGGUCGGUCGGUUUGUCGGCUCGACGUCUCGCGAACCGAGUGCCGGGCCGACGUAAAAGUGGAGGCUGGGAGAGGCCGGUUGAUGCGACGGUGCAGGCCAGGCGGGGAGGGGGUAGAUGA